AUGGGCCACGGUGGAACGUUAGAUCCAAUGGCAACAGGCGUAUUGAUUCUGGGCGUGGGGCAGGGGACCAAGGAGUUGGGGUAUUUCACAACAGGUUGCACGAAAAGUUAUGAAGCUGUGGUGCUGUUCGGGGCCGCAACUGAUACUUAUGAUACGGAGGGAAAGAUUCUUGAGAGGGCAGAUACAGGCCAUAUCACGAGGCAUAUUGUCGAGGAGAAGCUAGCGAGAUUCAAGGGGAGAGGUGUACAGCGACCUCCAGUGUUCUCGGCGUUGAAGGUUCAGGGCAAGAAGCUCUACGAGUACGCACGUGAAGGGAAAGAGGUGCCCGUGGAGAUCAAGGAACGACCCGUUGAUGCGAGUGAACUGGAGAUCGUCGAGUGGUACGAGGGUGGCACACAUAAAUGGCAUUGGCCGACGACAGAGGCGUCAGAGGAGGAGAAGGCCUUCGCAGAGAAACUGCUUAGCAAGACAGAGAAGCGCAAAGCAGUGUCGGAGGGUCGUAAACGUGAGCGACGAGAAGAUGUCGAGCACGGCCACGAAACUGCACCAUCAUCGAAACGUGUAAAAGCGGAAGAUGAGACGGCAAUAAAGACCGAGUCAACAACAGUGGAACAGCCAGCAGCGCCGCAGCAACCGUGCCCUGCUCCAGCCUGUCGCAUACGAAUGACGGUCACCUCUGGCUUCUACGUGCGCUCACUAUGCCAUGAUCUUGGCGCUGCGGUUGGCUCCGCCGCUUGCAUGUCGAGCUUAGUGAGGACGAGCCAGGGAGGGUUUGAACUGGGAUCGAACGUGCUCUGGUACGAUGAGCUCAAGCAGGGCGAAGACGUCUGGGGCCCGAAGGUCAAGGCAAUGCUAGUAGAAAACCAGAAACGGAGCGAUGCCAGAUCGAAGGAGCAGAGCAAUGCCGGAGGAGCAAAGCAUGAGGGCGGUCAGGCUGGAGUUAAGAAGGAGCCCAGUGACGAGGACGCCAAGCCUGCAUCGACAAGUGGAAUGGAGGCCAGCGAUAAUCAAGACAAUGUCAAGAUCAAGGCGGAGGUGGAGGCAGACGUGGAGACGAAGACGGAGAACAAUGCCGAGAACGCUUCUGCUGCUGCUCCUGCCGCAGAAAGCAAAUGGCGAGCAGGGUAUUGA